AUGAGUUUAGUUCCAUACAAGGAAGGUUCCAUUAUUUUGAAUGAUCCAAGCUCGCGGUCACUGGCCAUUGUUGAUCCUAAAAUAGGGUCUGUUGCGAUAUAUAAGCAGAUCAAUGCGAGAGUAGAGCAUCUAAGGAGUGAUCGGAGGUCGUCGGUGGAGUCUAUAGCUUCGUAUAUGUGCCCGCACUGUGGCACUGAGGUGCAUUUGAGUAAUGAUGAGGGUUAUGGCUCUUCAGCGAGGAAGGCGAGGAAGGAGAAUACGAAUAGACGGAAUGUAUCCCCGGAUUUUGACCCCGAUGAUUUGAGUAAUUAUAAUAUGCUAUCGACCACCACGGGAUCGAGUGCAUACUUUAGGCUGUUGCAGAGGAAUCAUCAGUUUUACGCAAUACAAGAUGGUGAACAAACUGAGAACAGCCACAUACCGGAUGACAUGUUCAUACCUGGAUAUUUCCAUAAGUUCUUUGACAUUUUAGAACCCCUAGGAAAUGGUGCCCGCGGAUCAGUCUACAAAGUUGUUCAUAAGUUGGGAUCUACACCUCUAGGCACAUAUGCGCUGAAGAAAAUACCCAUUGGUAACGACGAUGAAUGGUUUAAGAAAUGUAUUCGUGAAGUAAAGAUUUUGAGCUCUUUGAAACAUACUUCUGAGAAUUUGAUAACAUAUAACCAUGUCUGGAUGGAGAUGGAUGCUUCUGUUGGGCACGUUCAGAGUCUUGAUGGUAGUAGCACAGGUAUGGUAGGUGACGUGCCAUGUAUGUUUAUUCUUCAGCAAUAUUGUGCUGGAGGUAACUUGGAGGAUUGCAUAAACAAUGUCGUUUUUGAAAAGAACCCUGAACUGAUAUCUAUUGAAGAAAGAAAAAAAAGAUUUAGAGAAAGGCAUGGGCAGAAAUCCUCAGGUAGUGCAAAAGCUGGUCUUUCUACAUUACAAAUUCUAUCGAUAUUGCAUGAUAUAGCCAGUGGACUAAAGGAAUUGCAUAAUUCUGGGCUUAUUCAUAGAGAUUUGAAACCUUCUAAUUGUUUACUUCUGUCCCCUUACAAGCAUAACGAUGAAGAGAGAGUAUUUCCUACCGUUGUGAUCGGUGAUUUUGGAGAGAGCCAGAUGAAAGGUGAAUAUAGAACAGCAACUGGCUGUACAGGUACCAUGGAAUUUACAGCUCCGGAAUUGAUCAUUGAAAAUUGUGAUUCCAAUUCGAAUAGUCAAUACCAUGAGUUCUCUUUUCAAUCUGACAUGUACUCCCUUGGUAUGAUUGGUUACUUCGUGAUAUUUGGAGAAUUGCCAUUUGGUAGUGAGUUAGAUAUUCCGGAAAUUAAAAAUUGUAUAAAAGCUCUCAAUAUUGACAAAACUUAUAUGGUGAAGAAGCAUAGAGAGAUGAGAUUGAAAGAUAUAGAUUACCGAAUAUUUGAUGUUUUGCAACUACUUCUCAGUUCUAAGGAAUCGAUUAGGCCAUCUGCAAUUGAAGUCGAAAGUAUCUUUGAAAAGUUAAUUGGACUGAAUAUUAAACAUGAUGAUAACGAAAAAUUGGCAUAUGAUUAUUCCUCUAAAGACAAACUGGAAAAAUCAGAUGUUCUAUAUGAACAACCAGAUGGUAUUAAUAUUGGUAAACUGGAAGAAUUCCAAAGUAGUGAUAAGGGUUCGGCUUCCACGAACGAAGCUUAUUUCCAAAUUGCCUCUCUACCCGCAACUCCAAGGCUAGCUUUGCCUAAUCUUAUUGAUAGACAACAAGUGUCAGAUUCAACUAAGAUAAAUUUAACGAAUAUCACAUUGAGAGGGUUGAUCUUUGUCUUUGCUGCAUUAGCGUAUUAUAGAUAUGCAUUAACUGUAAAUGCUAUAAACCCUCAAGUUAUGCAUAGUUUCUUUUGGUCAUCCACUUUUAUGGCAUUGAGCUUUGUUGAUAAUCAGAGGUUUUUAUUCUGUAUUUUUAUUAUUCAAUUUAUCAUCUCAUUGAGAGCAAUGUUUUUAUAUUGA